AUGCUCUCCUCGACCCGCAUCGCUCUCCGCCAGCAGCUUCGCGCCAACGCGAACCGCCAGUUCUCGGCGUCGUCGGCCGUUUCGGCUCAGUCGCUCAAGGAGCGCCUCGCCGAGCUCAUCCCCAAGGAGAUUGAGAACGUCAAGGAGGUUCGCGCCAAGUACGGCAACAAGUCGUUUGGCGACAACACCGUCGACCAGAUGUACGGUGGCAUGCGUGGCGUCAAGGGCCUCGUGUGGGAGGGCUCCGUCCUCGACGCCGACGAGGGUAUCCGUUUCCGUGGUCUCUCGAUCCCGGAGGCGCAGAAGGCGCUCCCCAAGGCGCCCGGUGGCUCUGAGCCCCUUCCCGAGGGUCUCUUCUGGCUCCUCGUCACCGGCGAGGUCCCCACCGACGAGCAGGUCAAGGGCCUCUCUGCCGAGUGGGCCGCUCGCGCCGAGAUCCCCGACUUUGUCAAGGAGCUCCUUGACCGCUGCCCCAACACCCUCCACCCCAUGAGCCAGUUCUCGCUCGCCGUCACUGCCCUCAACCACGACUCUGCCUUCGCCAAGGCUUACGCCAACGGUGUCAACAAGAAGGAGUACUGGCAGACCACCUACGAGGACUCGAUGGACCUCAUUGCCAAGCUUCCCGCCAUUGCCGCUCGCAUCUUCCGCAACGUUUACGGCGACGGCAAGGUCCCCGCCAUUGACCCCACCAAGGACUACUCUGCCAACUUCUCCAACAUGCUUGGCUACUCCUCGGAGGAGUUCAUUGAGCUCAUGCGUCUCUACAUCACCAUCCACUCUGACCACGAGGGCGGCAACGUCUCGGCCCACACCGGCCACCUCGUCGGCUCGGCCCUCUCCGACCCCUUCCUCUCGUACUCGGCUGCCCUUAACGGUCUUGCCGGUCCCCUCCACGGUCUCGCCAACCAGGAGGUCCUCCGCUGGAUCCAGAAGAUGCAGGGUGUUGUCGGCAACAACCCCACUGACGAGAAGGUCGCCGAGUACGUUUGGUCGACCCUCAAGGGUGGCCAGGUCGUCCCCGGUUACGGCCACGCCGUCCUCCGCAAGACCGACCCUCGCUACACCGCCCAGCGCGAGUUCGCCCUCCGCCACCUCCCCGAGGACCCUCUCUUCAAGCUUGUUGCCCAGAUCUACAAGAUUGUCCCCAACAUUCUCCUUGAGGCUGGCAAGGCCAAGAACCCCUGGCCCAACGUCGACGCUCACUCGGGUGUCCUCCUCACCUACUACGGCCUCAACCAGCAGGACUUCUACACCGUUCUCUUCGGUGUCUCGCGUGCUCUUGGUGUCGCCUCGCAGCUCAUCUGGGACCGUGCCCUCGGCAUGCCCCUCGAGCGCCCCAAGUCGUUCUCGACCGAGGCCAUCAAGCAGAUGUUCGCCGGCAAGGCCUAA